UGUUAACAGGUUGACAAGUUUGACUUUGCUCUGUGUUGAGUCACCGAUAUUCUCGAAGUUGUAUUGCCGCAUUGUUAUUAAUUUUUUCGUCAGAAGUGCUCCUUUAUAAAUCUUUUCGAGGCAAAAACAUAUUAGAAUAUCACCAUGAGUCUCCAGUGGACCAUUAUUGCAACGUUUUUAUACGCUGAAAUAGCAUUUGUGCUAUUAUUGACAUUGCCGAUAGCAAGUCCUGCAAGAUGGAACAAAUUCUUCAAAUCGAAGUUUUUAGCUUAUAUAAGUGGACAAGCAUCAAUAUAUUUCGUCGUGUUGAUUGGCGUUUUGAUAUUAUGUCUUCUCGAUGCUAUUCGCGAGAUGCAGAAGUAUUCUAACAUCGAGUCGACGGAUCAUCAACACCUGGACGCAGAAAUGCAAGGUAAUAUGCGCCUGUUCCGCGCUCAGAGGAACUUCUACAUCUCAGGUAUUGCGCUAUUUCUCCUAGUUGUCAUUCGCCGUCUUAUCCAAAUGAUCUGUGAGUUGGCUGGUUUGUACGCUCAGUCCGAAGCAAACUUUCGACAGGCUCAAAGUGCAACUGUCGCGGCAAAGACGCUCCUUGAAAAGCAAGGCGCCGGUGAUGAAGUAGCAAAGAAAGAUAUUGAAGAUUUAAGGGGCCAGAUUCUCCUCCUAGAGAAAGAGCUGGCUAAGGAGAAGAAAGACAAAGAGGCUGUGAAGUCACAAGCUGAGAGCCUUAAUCGGGAAUAUGACAGGCUAACUGAGGAACACAGCAAGCUGCAGAAGAAAAUCACAAUUGCAGGUGGUGACAAAAAGGAUAACUAAACCUUAAAUGAUUAUUGUUUAUCAUAUUUAUAAGUAGUAAUUACUAUUUUUCUAAACCUUAUAUUCUUGCAUUGUAACUACUAAAUAUAAUCACUGAUGCAAUGCACUGUGAUUCGACAUGGGCCUUGAAGAAAUCAUUUAUCUAUGUAUUAAUAAGAUUUCAAAUGUUGUUGUGUAAUUUUGAAUAUGGUAAAGGUAUGUUACUUAUCUCUUAAAAUUUAUGUCUGCUUAAAUUAAAUAUUAGUCUUGUAACAUAAAAAGUCUGAUUUGUUUUGUGUUUGCUUUAGCAUUGAGGCAUUUUUUUAUUUAAGCAUGUUUGAUAUUAUUCUCGUAAGGAAGGAUUGUUAUAAUGUUUGCUUUUUCACAUUUAACUAUUUGCUUAAACUAUUGUAUGUUUUUUUACCUAACUGUUGUUGUUUAUAAAAUAUAUCUGAGAGUUUAAUAAAAAUAAUAUUUUUAAUAUUGUAAA